UUUGUUAUUGUUGAGAACCAGUGAAGCGUUACGGGCAACAACAAGAGAUAUAACGAGUUGCAUGUUGUGAACUUCUGGUCUUCCAUUUCCUGCUAGAAUUAGGCCAGUUGAAUUGUAGAUACAGCAUGGGUACAUGUACCGGCAACAUUACUAGUGUCAAGUUCCUUUUCCCAAAGACAUGAGAAUGGAUGUGGAAUUUCCUCCACCAUUCAGGUCCAACAGAAAAUCUGGAACUGGUGUACCGGACGGUCAUCUACGACCUUUAGGUUUCCAACGUAAGCCAGAAGGAAAGGUAAAGGAGGUGACUGAUGUACCUCAUCCUAAAGAUUUUUCCAGUCUCCAUGUCACAAAAAAAAAGCCAUUGGUACUCCGAGGUGCUGUCAAAGAUGCUUUGGCUUUCGAAAAAUGGAGUGACAAUUAUCUUGAGGAAAAUUUUGGGGACCUGAAACUUUUAAUUGAAGUAAAAAAAGAAAACCGAACCAAAACUCAACAAAACAUUAUAUCAUUUAAAGAUUUUUUGAGGGGAUACAAGCGUGAGGAUUGGUAUGCUGUAACCGUCCUUCCAGAUGAGAUGAGACCUCAUGUCAAGGUGCCACAGUGUCUUUUGUGCGGCUCAUUCAAGAAGUUGAUACAAGAGAGCAACUUCUGGAUGAGCAGUGGAGGGACUUCAUCGGUGCUACAUUACGAUGCUGAUCAUAACAUUCAUUGCUUGCUAGACGGACGUAAAGAUUUCAUCUUCAUUCACCCAAAAUAUUCAAAGUUCCUGGAAAUGGCAGAUAAGUCACCUGAUGCUGGAUCUGGUUACUCAUUGAUUGAUGUUGAGAUGGUCAACAUGUUCAAGUAUAGCAGCUUUGCUAAGGUACCUUGGACCUGGACCACCAUUUGGCCAGGAGACUGUGUUUUUAUCCCUUCAGGCUAUUUUCAUCAAGUGCGGUCUUAUGGUCGCAGUAUGUCUUACGCCAUCUUAUUCACCACUGAACCAAAUUUUAAUGAUAGUGACUGUAGCGAUGAUUUUCCAUACACUUCACUUGAUCAAGUUCCUGUGUUUUGGACCUACAAGAAAGGUGACAAG